GUAAGAGUGCGGAUUGAGUAAUAUGUCUGCGCCCUGAUCGGUCAAACUACGAAUCAUUUCCCGGCGAACGUUUGUCUCGUGAAUCCAAGUACAUGUGUUUAGGUUGAUUCUUGGUAUUUAGCCCCACAAAGAAUAACCCUGCCAGGAAAAAAUGGCAGAUAUAGUUGUUGUCGGAAGUUGUAUGACAGAUUUGGUUAGCUUUGUACCUGAACUGCCUAAACCUGGAGAGACUCUCUUUGGUAAUAAAUUCUUGACUGGUUUUGGUGGAAAAGGUGCAAACCAAGCCGUAGUUGCAGCUAGACUGGGAGCAAAUGUAGCAAUGGUGGCUAAGGUAGGAGAUGACAGCUUUGGGCAUAAUUACAUUCAGAACUUCAAGGAAAACAAGAUUAAUGUUGACUAUGUUUCAACCACCAGAGAGGCACCAACUGGGGUAGCACCCAUAUCUGUCACUCCUGAUGGUCAAAAUGCUAUUGUGAUAAUCAGUGGUGCCAACCUGUAUCUCAGUGAAAAUGACUUACAGAAAGCUGAACCUGUCAUUAAGACUGCCAAAGUGGUACUCUGUCAGCUGGAAAUAUCCACAGAAACUGCUCUAGCAACACUUAAAAUGGCAAAGAAGCAUGGAGUGAAAACAAUACUCAAUCCAGCCCCAGGGCAACAAAACCUAGACCCAGAAAUAUAUGCAAAUACUGAUAUUAUGUGUCCCAAUGAAUCGGAGGCUGCCAAGAUAACUGGUAUAAAUGUUGACACCAUGGAAGAUGCUCACAAAGCUAUUAAAUGGCUGUUGGACCAAGGUUGUGGCAUGGUUAUCCUUACACUUGGGAAGAAGGGUUCUGUGUUUGCAACCAAAGAAAACCCAACACCUAUUCACAUACCAGCCAAGCAAGUCAAAACAGUUGACAGUACUGGUGCUGGAGAUGCUUUUGUUGGUGCACUUGCAUUUUAUUUGGCACAUUACAGUUCAAUUGAUCUUCAAGAAGCCAUUCGUCGUUCUGGGGAAAUUGCAACUAUCAGUGUACAGAAGACUGGCACCCAGACCAGUUAUCCCUGGAGAAAGGACAUACCACGAGAUUUGUUUAGUAAUCAUUAAUGUCAAUCCAAUUUGUGACUUUUGUUUGAUUUUUUUCAUAAAUUUAACAUUUCUUGUUGAGCAAUGGUUGGUCUGCAGCUAAUGUAGAGAAAA